AUGGAUAUGUCCUCGAUUACUUACAAUACUGUUGAUGACCUUAAUGUUAAUAGUAAUGUACCGGAUAGAUAUAAGAGGUCGUUGAUGUCUGUCAACAAUCCGUCAUUUUAUGAUUCACAAAGGAAAGAAAUAGAUUACGAUAUGAAAGUAGAUUUGAGUAAAUUCAACAUUUUCUAUCCACCGUUCGUCGGUGUAAGAAACGAAGCUAUCAAACCGAGGAUCAAAAGGGCCGACGAAGAUAUCUUCAACAAGCAACCGGCGGGGAUUAUAAUCGAGAAGAAGAAAGUGAUGGUUCAGUACGCUCCAGUGGAGAGAAAGCGAAAUUUUCCCAAAUGCUCUCACACGCCGAAGGAAUCUAAAUCUCACGAAAAGCAGCUCAAACACCCAUUCUACAAGAAUUCACAGCGCUUGGACGAGCUUUUAGAUCAGUUGCUGGAAAAUAAAAUCGACAAAGUAAUAUCGAGCCCUUUAAACCUGGGCUUUCUUAUUGGUGAUCGAGAAAAAUGCAAGCAUUCUAAGCAGGAGCAAGAAGAAACGCCACGUUUGGAUUAUGAUUUACAGAAACAGGAUGCAUUAAACCCGACUGAAGCUUCAGAAGACGAGAACAAGUUCACUAGUGCUGAAAAUACAGAUGUCAAUUUAGAUUCCGCCCCGGAAGAUAUUUUUAAGCUAUCAGAGAUUAAGAGACAGAAUCCUAAUUCUGAUGCGAAGUCAAGUUUGAUUGACAAAGAAGAAUUACACAAAGACGAAAACGAUGAGAGAAAUAGACAUUCUCUUCGUUCCACUACAUCGCCUUAUGAUGUUUUAUUAAGCGUAUCUACAUUAAUG